AUGAAUUGCCCCUCGCGGACAGACGAUACGCUGCAGAAUCCAAGCUGGAAUCAGAGCCCACCGCCAUUCAGUCCAGACACCACAACUCGGAAUGACUUCAAUGGUCUAGCCAAUUCCCGGGUUCAUCGCAGACAUGCCAACUCUGCCAAUGCAGCAGGGGAGGAUACGUUAUCCAUUGAUGAGAGACCGCACAGUGUGCACGGUCGGGAUCCCGAAAAAGAAAAGGUCCCCAGUGGCGAAGUGACCACUGCUCUCUCGGGAGGUGAUUCACCCCUGAGGACCAGCGGAUCACCUCGCCGUCCUUUCUUAAAUUAUUUCAAAGAUUCGUCUUUGAACUGUGCCCGCAGCUUGGUCAAGUUCGGCCGUUUCAUUGGGCCUGGUUUCCUCAUUGCUGUUGCUUAUAUCGACCCGGGGAAUUACGCCACUGAUGUCGCUGCUGGUGCAGAUUUCAAGUAUGCUUUGCUGUUUAUCGUCCUUGUUUCCAACCUUUUUGCUAUUCUGCUUCAGUCCCUGUGCAUCAAGCUGGGCUCUGUGACUGGCCUCAACUUGGCCGAGAACUGUCGAGCUCACCUGCCCAGAUGGAUGGUGAUUAUUCUUUACAUGCUGUCCGAGGCGGCCAUUGUUGCUACUGAUAUUGCUGAGGUUGUUGGAUCGGCGAUUGCCUUAAAUUUGCUUUUGAAUAUACCCUUGGUGGCUGGAUGUGCCAUCACCUUGGUUGAUGUUCUUUUUAUUCUCAUCUUUUAUCGUCCCAAUGGGGCGAUGUGGGGCCUACGAUUGUUCGAGUUCUUCGUCAUGGCGUUGGUCUUAGGUGUUGUUGUUUGCUUCUGCAUUCAACUUUCUCUCGUUCAGGAUCAGUCUGUCGGUGAAGUCUUCCGGGGUUAUCUACCUUCCUCGGCCAUCGUUCAAUCAGAAGGUCUCUACCAGAGUUGUGGAAUCCUUGGCGCCACCGUGAUGCCACACUCCCUUUUCCUGGGAAGUGGAGUGGUCCAAUCUCGUCUGAAAGACUUCGACGUCACAGCCGGUUACGUGGAGGCUACAGUUCCACUGGGCAGCACUGGCGGCGAAGUUGAGUACCGUCCUUCGAUUCAUGCCAUCCGGGGUUGUAUGAAAUACUCGAUCAUUGAGCUCGCUCUUUCACUUUUCACUUUUGCACUGUUCGUCAACAGCGCCAUUCUCAUUGUUGCGGGAGCUGCUCUAUACCAAGUCCCUGGCGGUGCCGAUGCCGACCUCUUCGGUAUUCACAAACUACUCUCUUCGUCAAUCGCACCAGCCGCCGGAUUAGUCUUUGCUUUGGCUUUGCUGUUGUCGGGUAUUUCAGCUGGAAUCGUUUGCACGAUUGCUGGACAAAUGGUCAGCGAGGGAAUGCUCAACUGGACUAUUCGACCUUGGCUUCGAAGGCUCAUCACUCGCUCUAUCAGUAUCAUUCCCAGUAUUAUCAUUGCUGGGGCUGUUGGAAAGGACGGUCUGAACAAGACUCUGACUGCGAGCCAGGUUGUUCUGAGUGUAAUCCUGCCAUUUGUUUCUGCUCCCUUGAUCUGGUUCACCUGUCUCAAUCGCUACAUGACUGUUAAGACCGAAGAACCAAGUGAAACAGAAGGUGAAGUUUAUGUAGCUGAAGUUCCCAUGCGGAACAAUCUUGUUACUUCGGUCAUUUCGGUCAUUGUGUGGGUUAUCAUCGUUGUGAUGAACGUGGCCCUGCUGGUUCUACUGGGCAUGGGCAAGGCAUCUUAA